AUGGACACAGCGGCUGAUAUUCCUCUCCUUGGGGGCAGGAAGGCAGAGGAGUCGGUUCAAGAAUCAAGAGUAUUGGUAAUCAUGACUGGUGGCACUAUAUGCAUGCAACCAUCACCAUCUGGAUUUGUUCCCGCAAGAGGGUUCCAAGAAAAGUGCAUGGCACGAGUCCCUGCAUUCAAUGAUGGGUCAGUUCAUGCCACGAUGGAAGUGGUUACUAAUGCCAAAGGGGAUGUGACAGCUCAUCACAGUCUUCGGACCCCAGUCACAACCUACGGCCGCCAGGUACGGUACACUGUGUUCGAGUUUGAAGAGCUUCUAGACAGCAGCUCCAUCGACGCCAAAGGCUGGACCGAAAUUGCUCAGACGGUGUUUCAAAAUUACACGCUCUUUGAUGGAUUUGUGGUUCUGCAUGGCACUGAUAGCCUCGCAUACACUUCCUCAGUGCUGAGCUUCAUGCUGCAAAAUCUCGGAAAGCCCGUUGUGCUGACAGGGUCUCAGGCCCCGAUGCUCGAGCUCCAGAAUGAUGCGACGGAUAAUCUACUCGGGUCCCUGGUGGUGGCGGGGCACUUUAUGAUCCCCGAAGUAUGUUUAUACUUCAACAACAAGCUGUUUCGAGGGAACCGUACUACAAAGGUGGCUGCGAGUGAUUUUGCAGCCUUUGAUGCACCUAAUUGCCCGCCAUUGGCAAUCACGACUUCGAUGCGCACGAAUGUCAAUUGGGACAUUGUGCACCGACCCACCAGCCUCGCGACGUUCCGCAUCCAAACCAACCUGGAUAGUAAUGUCGCGUGCCUCCGUAUCUUUCCCGGUAUCAAACCCGAGAUGGUUGAUGCCGUCUUAAAGAUGGACGGCCUACGUGGUCUCGUAUUGGAAACCUUUGGAGCGGGCAAUGCGCCCUCCGGCCAAGAUAAUGCCAUGAUUAACGUUCUGGCGAGCGCCAUUCAACGAGGAAUCGUUAUCGUCAAUGUUACGCAAUGUCUCACGGGCACCGUCAGCCCCGUUUAUGCCACUGGGAUGAGUCUUUCUAGAGCAGGGGUCGUGGCUGGCCUCGACAUGACUACUGAAGCAGCGCUGACGAAACUCUCACAUCUUCUUGCACUGCCUGACUCCACACCAGAGUCAGUGACUAACGAUAUGUCGAAAUCACUCCGCGGAGAACUAACCGAAUCAUCUCAUCUCCUCUUCCGUCACCCAGACGGGGCUCUCCCGGAGCGAGUGCAAAAACUCACCGCCAUGGGUUACGCCAUUGCACACGGAGAUUUGACAAAAGUCCAAACUAUCCUCCAAACAGAACAUAAUUGGUUGUUGAAUGACGCGGAUUAUUCUGGAAACACGCCAAUUCAUGUCGCUGCCACAUCCCCUAACAUCGCGAUCCUUCACCUGCUCUUAUCGCACGGCGGAUCGGUUCAUCUUCGUAAUCGAAAUGGUCGCACGCCACUAUUCCUAGCCGCUAACGCAGGUCUGUCUGAUCAUGUGUUACUACUCCGGAGAUCCGGGGCCCAUUUACACUCUGACGAACGAACUGCUGCUGAAUUACUUGGCCGCCGUCAACCAGGAGUUUGGGGACUGGCAGGAAUUGACCCACGCGUCAACAGUCAGCACGAACUCGAAGAGAGUGGUUUAAGUGGUGGACAUAACCGAGUGAUAGCUGGAUCAGCGCCUUGA